UACAGCAAUGGCUGACAGCACGGACCGAACAGCAUCUUCCAAACAAGAGGAAUUUUACAACUAUCGGGAAAGGAUUAAAUGCUCUCCUGAGGAGGAGGCGAGAUCAGAGAAACAGCAUUUUUGGAAUGUCAUCAAUGCGUUCAAAUAUUAUAGAACUCACGUUCACGAACGGGUAAAUCGAGCCGAGAGGCAUUUCCGAUGCCUUCCAGAUCACCACCAGAAACUUUUGCCAAACUUCCUUCCCAACCUGUCUAAAAUCCGCUACUGUAUUGACCGAAACCAGGAGGUGCUGCAGGCCGUAGUGCACAACUGCAUCCAUAUGUUUGAGAACAUGGAAUAUGGAGAGGAUAGCUUUUUAAAGGAAGACCCAAGAAAAAUACGGCCUGCCUCGACUUUUGACAUGGACAAGCUCAAGUCCACUAUUAAGCAGUUUGUUCGUGACUGGAGUGAAGCAGGGAAGGCUGAAAGGGACACCUGCUAUAAACCACUUAUAGACGAAAUCCAGAGACUGUUUCCUCCUGACCAGUGUGAUGUGUCUCAAAUAAGAGUGUUGGUGCCAGGAGCAGGUCUAGGUCGGCUGGCAUGGGAGAUUGCUCAUCGGGGCUAUUCGUGCCAAGGAAACGAGUGGAGCUUCUUCAUGCUCUUCUCCUCUAAUUUUGUUCUGAAUAGGUGUGAUGAGGAGAAUACUUUGACUUUGUAUCCCUGGAUUCACCAGUUCAGUAAUAACAAAAUGUCGUCAGAUCAGACAAGACCUGUGUCCUUUCCAGAUAUCAACCCACAGAGUCUCCCGGAAGACUCUGACUUCUCUAUGGUCGCUGGAGACUUCCAAGAAGUAUACACUGAUCCAGAUAUUUGGGAUUGUGUUGCUACAUGUUUCUUCAUCGACACAGCCCACAAUGUUCUUGACUACAUUGAAACCAUCUGGAAUAUUCUGAAACCCGGUGGUGUCUGGAUGAAUUUAGGUCCGCUUCUUUACCACUAUGAAAAUAUGGCCAAUGAAUUAUCCAUUGAGCUAAGCUAUGAGGACAUAAAGGCUGCCAUUUUAAAAUAUGGAUUUGAACUGGAGAUGGAGAGAGAUUCUGUUUCCAGCACAUACACAGAAAAUGAUCGCUCCAUGCUCAAGUACCUUUAUGAUAGUGUCUUUUUUAUUGUACGGAAACCUGUGGAUCAGUUGAUCAAUGGAGACCAGACACCGAAAGAUAGCCAGAUUGAGGAUUCUUUUUACACGGGAAACACAGAGGGAAAAAAAACAUGACAGUAAGAAGACUAAAGCUCUGGAUUAAUGACUGAUAAAUGUUCCAAUAAUAAACUGAUGUUUUUAACCAUCAAUGCCAGUGUUACAGCGAAUUCCUGAUAACAGAACAAGAUUGGAAUAUUAUUGUGUGCUGAAGUAUUUCACAUAUUUAUCAAAAUAUUUGUCAUGUUGUAGUGCCUCACUUCACACAUAUUCCUCAGGUUCUGUGUGCUGCUUCACAUCAUACAAAUGAUACUUUACACGUCAGUGUUUUCUCAUGCUUGUUUACAUUAUCACAGAUUUCCUUGGCCUAUUUUCUUGACAAUUUCUCCUCUCACACAAUAACUCCAGUCUAUUUGAAGGACGAAGAUGACUUUGUUGGGAAUUUAAUUUGUAACAGUUGGCAGCAAUGAAAUAAGUUGUUUUAAACUUGACUGAUUGUGAGUAUGGUGCCUGUAUGAUAUGAUGCAAUAAAACUGUUUUACAA